UACCUGAGUACUGUACUUAAGUACACUUUUUGAGUAUCUGUACUUUACUUGAGUAUUAUUUUUUUCUGAGUACUUGUACUUUAACUUCACUACAUUUGAAGGACAAAUAUCAUACUUUUUACUCCACUACAUUUAUAAAAAGGUCCAAAAGUAGAAAAUGGUUACUAAGCAGCGGGGUUUCCUGAGUGCGCAAUUUAUCUGGCUUGCGAUCUGCCAGGACCUUUUACUGUUGCCAAGUAUUUCAGUUUUUCUAAGCUCGCGGUUUUCCGGCAAGCUUUGAAUGGCCAUUUGGCAGAUUUUUUUAACACAAAUCUGGUAACUCUGGGAUCUUCCCCGCUAAACUAAUGUAAACGUAGGCGCUGCUACACCGUUGAUAGCGCUCUAAAAAGGCAAAUAGAACAAUAAAAGACGAAAAAGGCAGAUGAUAAAGUGUGGUGUAAUCAUCUGUGGGUUACGAUCAGUCAAAGAUCGUAGAAACAUUGUCAUGAAAAUGAUCGACACAAUGGCUAAACGGUAAAUAAGCAUCACAUACACCUUGAGUUACGCGUGCGUGUUAACUUCUGAUCUGCUGCUGUAUCAUUUAAAGCAAUUUGUGAAUGAAUGAUAUUUUUACUGAAGUAACUAUAGUUGAAGUAUUCCUGUUGAAAUAAAAACAAUAGAACCCUGCCCAAAAUAGAACAUAAAAUGUAAUGGAUUUAAUGGUUAUAAUGGGAAUUGUACUACUUGUUGUCUACUUGUAUGUGAUGGAUUCUAUUGGUGGGAUGGUAAAUCCUAUUGUAAUAAAACCCAAAACACACUACAAAGAGAAAUUUAAUUAAAAAAUCUCAUUCUAAUUUAAAAAUGCAUUGUUUUUCUUCAGCAGGGAUGGUAUUUUCAGUAAAACCACCGUAUCCACAAAUUUACCAUUUUCUAUAUAUAGGAACCAUACUCCAAUUAAUAAUCUUUAGUAAAACCACAGCAACUAAAAAUACCAUAGUUUCAUUUUACUAGCUAUAGUUUAUGUUUGUAGUUUAAUUAUGGCAAUACAAAUGGUAAUAAUCCAACAAACACAUGGCUUCUACACUUAAAGGUACAGUGCGGGAUGUUUUGUAUGAUCUAUUAACAGAAAUGCAAUAUAACAUACAAAACUGUGUCUUUAGAUGUGUAUAAAAACGUUACGUAAUGAAAAGUUAUGUUUUUAUUACCUUAGAAUAAACCAGUUGUAUCUACAUAGGGAGCGGGCCUAUCUACAUCGAAUUUGUUAUGUUGCGCAGCCAUGUUUUGUACAGUAAGCUCUAACGGACAAACAGCUCUACAGAGCGCGUUUCGUAUAUGUUGGUCUUCGUCUGUGUUUUUAUACGCAGCUUGCGUCAUCACUGAGUUGAAGACGCACAAAGUAGUAAGUCGUAGUACGGAGAGGAGGAGGAGUAGUCGUCGUCUAGCUGAAGCAAUUGAUUGUUCUGUCUUAGAAGUUUUGAUAAAAUGGAGGACCAUGCGUAUUGUGCACAAGCGCCGACAGAGCGUGAAUCGCCGUCGUCAAAGAAGCGCAAACGUGAUGCUGCCAGACGAAUUAGAGACAAACGGCGGCAGAAAUCCAGGAUAAACAUCGAUGUAUCUAUUACCAGAUGGAAGGCACGGUUGAAAGACAAAUGUUUUCAAGGCGACGCCGAAGUUGCCUGUUUUCUGCUAGACUGGUAAGAUAAUUCAACAUUUUCAAUGUUUCCACUUUUUCAAUGUUUACCAAACAACUGUUUUGUUGAAAUGGUAACGUUAGCAUUUUAUACAAAUGGCCAUAUAACCUCCGAAUAAUAGUGUUUUUCCGUCCCUGCGGUACGUACUCCGGUUGUUCCUGACUUUACAAAGGGGGAGACAAACGUCUACUAACUUACACCUAACUGCCUAUGUCGCUGUCAGAACAAACGCUUUGAACAGCGUUGCUAUUUAUGAUUAGCUAACUUUAGUUACUUCACUACUCUCAGCGUGUACUAGAUAGCACGCAAGAAAUAUAUCUAAUUAUAUAAUUGUAUGAAUUGAAAAACAGUAACUUUCGCAAUAGAAUACAUGUUAAAUGAUUAAUUACGUUAAUAUAUUGCCUUACCUGCUUGUAUCACUACUAUCCGCUGUCUCAGUAGACGACAUCCUUUUUUACUGUUGCGGCCUCUGUCGUAAUUCGAAAGGGAGGGGUGGGCAAAUGACUCAGAGAUUCGUUGCAAAACUAUAAUACAAAGAUAGUGGCCGCUGAUUUUCAAGAACUGCGCCUUUAACUAUUUACAAGAACCUUACUACUUACUGGUAAAUUGCUGCUAAAACUGGUAAAGGGAAUAUACAAAAUAAAAGAACACUGCUCAUAAAUACAUAUAGGACUAGGGGGCUAAUGAGGAUAAUUAGGCUAAAUGAUCAUGCAGGAUUACUGUAUAUCUAAACUAGACAUGUACAGUAUGUGCUAAACAUAUAAAGCUCUUGAAGGAGUUGCUCACUGCAAAAUUUGCCCCCAUUGACUUUCCAUGGUAGGAAUAAAAAUUACUAUGGAAAGUCAAUGGGGGCAAAUUUUGAAGUGAACUACUCCUUUAAUACAACUGAUACUGUGAGCUACUCAGUGUAUUCAGUAGGUUGCUUCAGAGGCAUAAGGUAUACGACAAUAAAACAAUGCACAACUGACAUAAAGGAAAUUUACUUUUAAUACUUGAGUACUUUUAAAAGCACGUACUUCUGUACUUUUACUUAAGUAAGAAUCUGUCUUUACAACUUUUACUUGUAGUGGAGUAAUAUUUGACCAGUAGUAUCUGUACUUUCACUCAAGUAAGGAAGUUGUGUACUUCGUCCACCUCUGGUCCCUUUAUAAGGUAUAAAAUAUUUGCCAAUAUUUAGGUUGCAUAAUACAGAUAAUAUGUUUAUGUUGCAUAAUACAAAUACUGUAAAUGAGUGAAGUAUAUGUGAAUAUAAGAAUAUAUAAGCGUGUGUGAUAUAAGUGUGUACACAGUGUGUGUGUGUGUGUGCGUGUGUGUGCGUGCGUGCGUGCGUGCGUGCAUGCGUGCGUGCGUGCGUGCGUGUGUGUGUGUGUGUGUGUGUGUGUGUGUGUGUGUGUGUGUGUGUGUGUACUUGUGUUUAUUACUUUGUUGGGCCCAGUGACCAGGAGCCCACCAACAGUAUGGGGUCCGAAUGCAUUGUGGGGCCCGAAAAACAGGGCCCCACACCGAUUUCAAUAUAAACUGCUUCAGAAGCCUUUCCUGGCAUGUCUCAUGUUUUUUUUCACUUGCCCCACGAGGUGACAAAGUAUGGGUACGUGUGUGUGGGUGUGUGUGCUCUCUAGCGCCUCCAUAUCUGAAAAUGUGGUAUUGCCAAAGAUACACACUACCGGAAGUGUGUAUUGUCUUGUCGUUCUUUUGGCGACCACUACGGUGUUACAUUUAUUAAAAUCCGUAAUUUCACGUGUUUCGAAUCAGAACCAUCAGAAAAAAUCUUUAAAUUGAGCAACGGGUAGGUUUAUAUUAUUUUACUGUACAUUUGGUAUAUUUUCGUGUCAAUACCAACCCCUAUCAACAGACUAAUUAAUGAAGUACCAUUUAAAUCAGAUCGCUGGCUGCGUAAAGUCCACCACGGAACAUUUUGGGCUUUUUAUUUUUGUUACGGACAGUAUUAUUGCAUUCCAAACCGGAAGUUCCAUGUGGUUGAAAUGGUCAGGAACACGAACGGGGGAAUGUCUACAUGUAGUCGACAGUGCCAUAAUGUUAAAAAAGACGAAGAGAAUAAAACCUGCUGAUGAAGCUAAAUCAUAUAUUCUCUCCUCGUGUGACAAGCCAGGGUUUGUGGAACGAUUCAUUAAUAAAAACAAAGGUAGAGGAGUGAUUGCCACCCAACCCGUGGAAUCGGGAGAUUUUGUAUUAGUGUACAGAGGAGAACUCCUUGUAGCAGAGGAAUGCUGGGCGAGGCAUUACACGGAAUUACAAACCACAUUUCUCUUUGAAUUUGACUGGCAGGGAAGUAGCUGGUGUAUUGAUGCAUCUAAAGAAGACGGAACACUUGGAAGACUAUGCAAUGACAACCAUAAGUCUCCAAAUUGUACCAUGAAAAAAAUAGUAGUAAAUAACAGACCACAUUUGUGCCUGUUUGCUGUGAAGAAAAUCGAAAUUGGAAAUGAAAUUGAAUAUAACUAUGGUGAUGCCCAAUGGCCAUGGCGUAAGAAGGGGCCAGAGAAGAAUGCUUCUGUUUCACAGUCUAUCGUGUCAUCACAUGUAAUGGAGAGUUUUCAGGAUGGUCCCAUCACACAGGGGCCAGAGAACAAUGCUUCUGUUUCACAGUCUAUCGUGUCAUCACAUGUAAUGGAGAGUUUUCAGGAUGGUCCCAUCACACAGAUUUCCUUGGGCAUAACAUUGAGGUCCACAGAAAGCACUACCGCCUUCCAGAGGGUACCCUCCAGCUAGCUAAAAUAAGCAAAGUUCUUCUAGCAUUGGAGCAGGGACGGCUGGGAGAAUACAAAGGGAAGAAUCUGGAUGAAAUUCAGCUUGAUGUGAAUGAGACUCUGGACAUAGAUGUGGAUGGUUGUUCACAAGAGGAAGAUGACUUAAUUCCAGAAGCACAGGAGACCGAAGUUAAGGACAUUCAAGAACCUAAUUCUACAGUAGUUCUUAACCAACACCAGAGGAAGUCGCCUAAAAAGAGAGGUAAACAAGCUGCUGUCAAAAGAAGCUGGACACCGGAUGAAUGUGCUGCAGUAGAAAGGCACCUGAAGAAGUUCAUUGUGAGGAACCAAGUUCCAGGCAAAAUAGACUGUGAGAGCUGCAUUGAUGCAGAACCUCAAACCUUAGGAACUCGAGACUGGAAGUCAGUCAAGUACUACAUCAAAAAUCGCAUUUCUGCCAUAAGAAGAAGAGUACAGUGAAUUACAGGUAU